UGUGAUCUUUCCAUCGAUCGACUUGAUUCAUCCCACCAAUUAGCCGGAGCUCUCGUAACAUGAAGGCGUUCGUAGUGUUUUCUAUGGCUUUGGCCAUUGCUUGCGCUGCUGCAGUCGACGAUUCCGCCAAGAAGGACAAACGUGGCCUGUGGGAACUGGCAACCUACGACGAUCACAGUCUGGAGCUGAACCAGGAACACAAUCAGUACGGCCACCAUGAUCACGGAAAAAUCAAGAAGGUCACCAUCACCAAGAACGUCCCAGUGCCAUACCCAGUGGAGGUUGAGAAACAUGUGGCCGUUCCAGUGAAGGUUCCCUAUCCAGUUGAGGUCGAAAAGAAGGUUCCAGUGUACAUCGAGAAGAAAGUCCCUUAUGUCGUCGAAAAGAAGGUUCCAUACCAUGUUGAUCGUCCAGUCCCAUACCCAGUAGAGGUCAAGGUCCCAGUUGUCCACAAGGAGUACGUCGAAGUGCCGAAACCAUACGCAGUUCAUGUCGAGAAGCCCGUUCCGGUGUAUGUCCACAAGCCAGUGUACGUCGAGAAGCAGGUGCCGGUGACCAUCAAGAUCAAAGAACGUCACCACGAGAAGAAGCACUGGUUCUGAGCGUGAAGAGAUCCCCUGAGUAUGUUAAGAUGUUAAGAAAUAAAAUGCCUA